ACCCGCCGCUUAAAAGCGAGGCACGGCCGGGCGUGGGCAGCCUCUGCCCGCGUCGCCGAGUCAGCUCGGUCCCGCCACGGCGGAGGACGCGCCUGGGAGCGAGGGCGCGCAGGGUGCUCGGACCCCAGAGGUGUGGAAUCUUUUGACCUAGAAAUCCCUAAGAGCUACUUUAAAGUAGAAGGACGUGAGGAAUGCACUCCGCCUGGCUUGGCCUGGAAGCAGGACGUGAGAGGAGAAUCCUAGACCAGUUGCCUUGAGGAAUGAAGAGCGGCUGUGUGUGUCCUCCAGUCUGAUUGACCUGCGCAGGGAGGCGAAACCUCUCUCCAGAAAUGCCUUUGAAAAGCGAAGAGCAGGACGGCUUUUCCGCCAAGGACUCGGUCGAAGGUGGCGUCCAGUCUCGUCCGUCCAGCAUCCACCUGGAGCGCGAAGAGGAGGCAGGCGCUGACCGCAGGCCGCUGGAGACGGACGAGCCACGCAGCCCUCGUCCCAGGAUCUGCUUGGAGCCUCGGGAGAGACGCAGUGCCAGCCUCGGGCAGGCUGUCCUCAGGAGACUGCGGAAGAGCUGCCAGUGCAGUCAGGCCAAAGCCAAAAACAAGAUCCUGGGUUUCUUUCCUGUGUUGCGAUGGCUCCCAAAGUACAACCUGAAGAAGAACCUCUUGGGAGACGCCAUGUCCGGCCUGAUCGUGGGCAUCUUGCUGGUGCCGCAGUCCAUCGCCUACUCCCUCCUGGCCGCCCAGGAGCCCGUCUACGGCCUGUACACCUCCUUCUUUGCCAGCAUCAUCUACUUUCUCUUGGGGACGUCCCGGCACAUCUCUGUGGGCAUUUUCGGAGUGCUCUGCCUCAUGAUCGGUGAAGUGGUCGACCGGGAACUAGCCAGAGCCGGCUAUGACGCGGCCCACGCCCCUGCCGCCCUAGGAGUGCUUUCCAACGGGAGCUCGGCGUUCAAUCAGACGGCAGACGAGACCUGCGACAAAAGUUGCUACGCCAUCGCCGUUGGCAGCACUGUGACCUUCAUGGCCGGAGUCUAUCAGGUGGCCAUGGGCUUCUUCCAGGUGGGCUUCGUGUCCGUCUACCUCUCGGACGCCUUGCUGAGCGGCUUUGUCACCGGCGCCUCGUUCACUAUCCUCACGUCGCAGGCCAAGUACCUCCUCGGCCUCCGGCUUCCUCGGAGUCACGGCCCCGGCUCCCUCGUCGCCACCUGGAGCCACAUCUUCAGGAACAUCCAUCAGACCAACCUCUGUGACCUCGUCACCAGCCUCUUGUGCCUUUUGGUUCUUCUGCCCACCAAGGAGCUGAACGAGCGCUUCAAGUCCAAGCUUAAGGCACCCAUUCCCACGGAACUCUUCGUGGUCGUGGCGGCCACCUUGGCGUCGCAUUUCGGGAGACUGCACGACAGGUACGGCACCAGCAUCGCCGGGCCCAUUCCCACCGGCUUCCUGCCGCCCCGCGCGCCGGACUGGAGCCUGGUGCCCAGGGUGGCGGCGGACGCCGUGGCCAUCUCCGUCAUCGGCUUCGCCAUCACCGUGUCCCUCUCCGAGAUGUUCGCCAAGAAGCACGGCUACGCGGUCCGCGCCAACCAGGAGAUGUACGCCCUCGGCUUCUGCAACAUCAUCCCCUCCUUCUUCCACUGCUUCACCACCAGCGCCGCGCUGGCGAAGACGCUGGUCAAGGAGUCCACGGGCUGCCAGACGCAGGUCUCCGGCGUGGUGACGGCGCUGGUCCUGGCGCUGGUCCUCUUGGUGGUCGCGCCCUUGUUCUACUCCCUGCAGAAGAGCGUCCUCGGGGUGAUCACGAUCGUGAACCUCCGGGGGGCCCUGCUCAAGUUCAAGGACCUGCCCGCCAUGUGGCGGGUGAGCCGGGUGGACACGGUGAUCUGGUGGGUCACCAUGCUGUCCUCGGCGCUCCUCAGCACCGAGCUGGGCCUGCUCAUCGGCGUGGGUUUCUCCAUGUUCUGUGUCAUCCUUCGCACUCAGAAGCCCCAGGCCUCGCUGCUCGGCUGGGUGGAGGGCUCCGAAACCUUCGAAUCCACGGCUGCCUACAGGGGCCUCCAGGCCAAGCCCGGCCUCAAGGUUUUCCGCUUCGUAGCCCCUCUCUACUACAUAAACAAAGAGUACUUCAAAUCCGCCUUGUACAAAACCACCCUCAACCCGGUCUUCGCGAAGGCGGCUCAGAAGAAGGCAGCCAAGAGAAAGAGGAGAAAGGGAGCGGCAGCCCUGGGCGGGGCCCGGGACGACCUGGCCGUGCAGCUCUCCCCCGACGCCCCGGAGCUGCACACGCUGGUGCUUGACUGCAGCGCCGUGCAGUUCGUGGACACGGCGGGGAUCCAGACGCUGAGAGAGGUGCGCAGGGACUACGAAGCUGUCGGCGUCCGGGUGCUGCUGGCUCAGUGCAACCCGUCUGUGAGGGCGUCCCUGGCCCAGGGAGAGUACUGCCGGGAGGAAGAGGAAAACCUUCUUUUUCACAGUGUCUUCGAAGCCGUGAGUUUUGCAGAAGCCGUGGAAAAUCAGAAAGGAGCGAGUGUUCCCAAUGGGCUGAGUUUUUCCAGCGGCUGACUGAGCACGUCCGUCGCCCGAGGACGCCGCCCGGCCGUGGGGACAGGGGCAGGCGUGCCGCAUCGUCUGCCGUGCCCACGGGGACGUGGUGAAGUGGCAGCCUCCGGGCUGGACGGUGUUCUCCCUUUGAGGCUGGUGGCCUUCUCGUCCCACACAGCAGCAGAGCCUUUAUUAGUCAGGCGGAAUCAGAACGAGGGAAAGACUGGUUUCUAGCUUUCUUGUGAAUAUAAGGUAUCCUUGCAACUAAA